CAAGUACUACGUAUUUCUUUUUUAUUUGUUUUUCUCUCUCUUUUUAUCCUUUUGGUUUGACGACUUUGAAAUUUCUAUAUGGAAGACCCCACUCGCCACGUUUAUUCAAGGGAUCUGGAUGUGGUGAUGGAGGAAAAUAACAAUAUACAUGAGGGUAAAAGUUAUUUGGACCAAGUACUUGAACCUACUUCACUUAACUUUCUUCGAAACACAAAGACAACACCAACUAAUAUGAAUGGAUAUACAACAACAACAACAACAACAACAACAAAUACCAUAACAACAACAGCAUCUUCUUCUUCAUCAACUUCUAAUGGUCGUCUUCAUUCUUUACCUCAACGAAGAGCAAGAGCUGGAACUAUGCCUUCCAUGAUGUCUUUUGACUCUAUAUUAUCAUCUUCUUCUUCACAACCUCCUUUAUUACGAACUGCUACUCAUAAUCAUGCUAUUCUUAAUAAUAGUAUUAUGACAACAACUACUGAACAACCAUUUACUUCAUCAUCACCAUUACUUUCUACUACUCCUACUUCAACACCACCACCACCUAUUAUGACUCCUGUUGGUGGCGGAAGACAUCGUUCAGGUUCAUUAAACUUACCUUUACCUUCUUUAUCUUUUGAUACUUCUCCUUCUCUCUUUUGGUCUGGUACAACAACAACAACAACAACAACAAAUGCUACUACUAAUACUCCUGGAAGUAUGAGUCAUGGCAACAAUACUCCUUCACCCCCUUCACCUGCUACUGAACAAUUAUUACAAGGGGAUGAUGAUUUUUCUAUUGCACGGACCAUGCGAUCUCUAGGUUUAGAAGAUGAUGCUAAUUCAUCAAGUACAACUGUUUUAGAUGAAGAAGAAUUAAUCAAUCAAUGUCGUGCUUCUUUAUUGGCUUCUGCAUCAAACACAACCACACGAAAUCGAUCUUAUUCUGUUAAUGCCACUGUUCGUUAUGAUCCUCCUCCUCUUCCAUCAACUACUGGUAACUCUCAUUUCCCUAUACGUGGUCGAUCCAAUACUGUCAGUAAACCUUCCUUCAAUUCACUUCAACAUCUUAGUCAUUUAAAUCAUUAUCAACAUUUAUUGGAUCCAUUUUCCUCAACCUCUUCAUCACAACAACAACAACAACCACAACAAAGAACUCGAUCUACUAGUUUCGGUCAAGCUUCUUCUCCUCCUUCUUUUCAUGGUAUAUCUCGACCUCCUUUACCACCUCAUUCAAUCCAUAAUACAAAUGGUACAUCCUCCUCUUCUUCUUCAUCCGCUUCUUCCACUUCCUCUCUUUGGCAAAUGCAUCGACCUUUAACUCCUGUUAUCGGUGAAGAAGAAAAUAUGUCUUUGGGUGAUUCUGAAUUAUUAGCUAAUAUGGUUUAUGACCCUUUGGCUCAACAACAACAACAACAACAACAACAAGAUUCUAUUUAUAAACAAGAUCAAAGUGAAACUACAUUUAUAGAGCCUUAUAUGCAUCUCAGUCAAUCUACACCCACUAGUUUACGAUCCAGUCUUCCAUCUUCUACUACCACUGCCACCACCACCAUGCCAGUAGCAGCAACAGCUUCACGAUCAUUAUGGAUUGGAAACAUUGAUGCCUCCAUUACAGCAGAAACAUUGACCAUGGCAUUUUCUCCUUAUGGUCCUAUUGAAAGUGUUCGACUCUUGAUGGAAAAAGAAUGUGCGUUUGUUAAUUACUAUCACGUGGAACAUGCAAUACGUGCCAAAGAAGAUAUAUUAGGUCCUUUGGCUGGUAGAGUGGGACAUUGUAUUGUUCGUAUUGGUUAUGGUCGUACUUCUGAUCCUUCAUCACCGCCUUCACCACCUCCUCCUCCUGCUACGACAUCUGUACCUUCUGUUACCAAUCAUACUGAUAAUACUACCACAACUACAUCAACAAUGACUUCUCAACAAGAUCAUCUGACACAUCAAGCUACAAGAGCUCUUUGGUUGGGAAAUAUUCCUUCUGGUGCAACACCAUCCAUGUUAGAAAAAGUGUUUGGUAAUUAUGGUACAAUUGAAUCCAUUCGUAUUUUAUCACACAAGACAUGUGCUUUUGUCAAUUUUGAUACCAUUGCUAGUGCAAGUGCUGCUCAAGAAGCAUUUUUACAACAUCAUAUCCAUUCUUCUACUUUUACCAACGUACGUAUUGGAUUUGCUAAAGUACCACCACCAACCACGUCAUCUUCAACCACCACCAACAACAACAAUUCAACCAUCUCUUCUCCAAAACAUUUGACUUCGUCUACUUCCUCUACCACAUGCAACAACAACAACAAAUAUACAACAUCCAAUCGUCGUAUGAAAGAAGAAUCAACAAAUCAAGAUACUUUACGUGAUUUAUGGCAAUAUAUGGAAAUGUUUGGUUGUACAUCCAAUGACAAAGUGAUGAUCCAAGGAUUACAAACAUGUUCCAAUUAUGCAGAUACCAUUCCUCAUGUACCUGAAUUUGGACCUCAACGUCAAUUGGAUGCCAAUCGAUUACGAGAUAUUCGUAAGAAAUUGGAUAACGCCACCAGUGCAAGUGUUUGUGAUGGAUAUGCUAUGGAAUGUAUGGAUGAAAUUGCAGAAUUAUGUAGUGAUUAUAUUGGCAACACUGUCAUGCAACGAUUCUAUGAUAAAUGUUCGGAAGACAUGAAAUUAUCCAUGUUGGAAAAAAUAGCUCCUCAUUUGGCAGCUAUUGGGAUUCAUAAGAAUGGAACUUGGGCAGCACAAAAGAUUUUAGAUACCAUCAAGACACCCGCUCAGUGCGAAUUGGUACGAAAAUAUGUUAAAUCAUAUGUCCCAUGUUUGAUGUUGGAUCAAUUUGGUAAUUAUGUGGUUCAAUGUUGUUUACGAUUGGGAGAACAAGAAAAUCAAUUUGUAUUUGAAGCGAUGGUGGAAAACUGUCAAUUGAUUGGCCAAGGUCGGUUUGGUGCACGAGCCAUGCGUGGGAUUUUGGAAAGUCAACAUAUUACAGCACGACAACAAGCCAUGAUAGCUUCCAGUUUAUUACAACAUGCCGUGUUUCUUUCCACCAAUGCUAAUGGAGCUCUGUUAUUGGCCUGGUUGAUUGAUACUUAUAGUAUUCAUUUGAUGGAAAAUAAAAAAGAAGAAGAAGGAUCACCAGUACUUCGCAUGUUGGCAUUACAAUUGAUUCCCUCUUUAGCUUCGGUGGCUAUGCACAAGUUAGGUUCUCAAGUGGUUUUGAAACUCAUCAAUCAAUCUUAUGAUAAAGAAGCUCAAGAUACUAUUCUUAGUGGCUUGGUCACUGAUACCACUUUACAUGCUUUAUUCCUUACUUCUUAUGAUACCCCAAACAACAACAACAAUAAUAAUCGUGGUGUGCAAUUCUUCCAAAAAGUCAUCUAUAGUACUCAUCUUUCUCAAGCAGAACAACAAGUCUUAUGUGCUCGUGCUAGAUCUAUCUUGAUGGAUGAUGCCUUGGAUCAUCCUAUUCAUCCUGUUCGUCAAGCUUUUUUGGAUGAAUUGAAUGUCGUGGUAAAGGCUUGAUCUUUUUUGUUGAUGAUCCGUUGUAUUGUGUGCCUAUGUGUGAUUCUCUCUUUUUCUUUUUUUUCUUCUUUUCUUUUUUGUGUUUAUACAUUUUUGUUUCGUUUUUCUUUUUUCUAUAUA